AUGAACAAUUUAAAAGACGAUGCAAAGGAUUGUGUUUUAUGUGUUGAUGAGAUGUCAAUUAAAACAAAUUUAUUUUAUAAUUUAUCACAUGAUUAUAUUGUAGGAUUUAAUAAUUCAUACGAUAGAAAAACAUAUGAGCCAGCAAAACAUGUACUCUGUUUUAUGUUAAGAAGCAUAAAUUAUAAUUGGAAGCAGCCUGCCGCAUAUUUUUUCAUCAACAAUAGUUUUUCUGGGCUUGAUCUACAAAAUACCAUAUUUGCAGUUAUAAAGUCGUAUUCAAAAAACAUCACUCAGGAUUAG